GGGGCCGGCGAUCUAAACUGCGAAGAGAACUUUGGGGUCUCGCACCGCGCUCUUGGGCUGCGGCGCGCCUCUCUCCGCCACAGCUGCAGCCUGGAGAGGCCUUGCCAUCGCCGCUCUCGCCCAGGCCUCCGCUGCCGCUGUCACCUUAGCGCGAUCGCCGCAGCCCAGCCCCGCCCCUCGCUACUGCUGCCUCCGCCGCUGCCACCUCCUCAGCCUGGACCGCCGCCGCCACCCAUGCAUCCGUGAGUCAUUUUCUGCCCAUCUCUGGGCGCGCGGUCUCAGCGGUAGUCACCACCUUAAGAGGUUUGCAGGCUUGCAAAAUGGCAGAAGCGGAUCUUAAGGUGGUCUCGGAACCUGCCGCCCAGGGGUUUGCUGAAGAGAUGAUGGCUAACUCCUCUAGUGAUACUGGGGAAGAGUCUGACAGCAGUAGCUCGAGCAGAAGCACUAGUGGCAGCAGCAGUAGCCGCGGCCGCUUAUAUAGAAAGAAGAGGGUAUCUGGGCCUUCCAGAACGGUGCGACGGGCUCCGUCGGGUAAAAAUUUCUUGGAUCGGCUGCCCCCGGCAGUUAGAAAUCGUGUGCAGGCGCUCCGAAAUAUUCAAGAUGAAUGUGACAAGGUAGACGCUCAGUUCUUAAAGGCAAUUCACGAUCUCGAAAGAAAGUAUGCAGAACUCAGUAAGCCUCUCUAUGAUCGGCGAUUUCAAAUCAUCAAUGCAGAAUAUGAACCUACAGAAGAAGAAUGUGAGUGGAAUUCGGAGGAUGAGGUGUUCAGCAGUGACGAGGAGGUGCAGGAAGACAGCCCUAGUGAAAUGCCUGCCUUAGAAGGUGAGGAAGAAGACGACCCUCAAGAAAAACCCGAAGAAACGCCUGGAGAAAAUGAGGUUCCUAACGACAUUCCUGAGGCAAAGACUGAAGAAAAAGCAGAGUCUAAAGAUUUUCUGGAGGGAAAGCCUGGAGUAAAAGAAGAUCCUAAAGAAGUCCCCCAGGCAAUGUCAGGAAGCAAAGAACAGCCUAAGGCAACAGAGGCUAAGGCAAGGACUGGAGUGAAAGAGGCUCCUAAAAGAGUUCCUGAAGUCAGGCCUCAAGAAAGAGUGAAUCUUAAAAGAGCUCGGAAGGGAAAGCCUAAAAACGAAGAUCCUAAAGGCAUUCCUGACUACUGGCUGACUGUUUUAAAGAAUGUUGACAAGCUCGGGCCCAUGAUUCAGAAGUAUGACGAGCCUAUUUUGAAGUUCUUGUCAGAUGUUAGCCUGAAGUUCUCAAAACCUGGCCAGCCUAUAAGUUACACAUUUGAAUUUUGUUUUCUACCCAAUCCGUACUUCAGAGAUGAGGUGCUGACCAAGACAUAUGUAAUAAAGUCGAAACCAGAUCACGAUGAUCCCUUCUUCUCUUGGGGAUGGGAAAUCCAAGAUUGCAAAGGCUGUAAGAUAGAUUGGAGGAGAGGAAAAGAUGUUACUGUGACAACCACCCAGAGUCACACAGCUGCUACUGGAGAAAUUGAAAUGCAGCCAAGAGUGGUUUCUACUGCAUCAUUCUUCAAUUUCUUUAGCCCUCCUGAGAUUCCCCAAAUCGGAAAGCUAGAACCACGAGAAGAUGCUAUCCUUGAUGAGGACUUUGAAAUUGGUCAAAUUUUACAUGAUAAUGUCAUCUUGAAAUCAGUCUAUUACUAUACAGGAGAAGUCAACGGUACCUAUGUUGAUGGUAAACAUUACAGAAACAGAAAAUAUCGAAAAUAAAAAAUAGGCCCUCUGAAAGAAUUUUUAAGAAUCUCAAAACUUCAUGCAGAAUGAAGCAGGUUUAUAUGGCACUGUCGGGGUGGGGGUGGGGGUCCUGCCCUAUAACCUCAACAGUAGUAUUCCUUACAGUCUGGUGUUUUUGUAUUUUCUUGGUAGUUAAAACAUUGUCUAAAAGUGUCUUAAGUAUCAGUUUAUUCUAUCUAGCCUGUUGUAGUGUAAUAUUCUUCAAAAUAUGUAAACUGCUGUCAGUUAUCUAAAGCAUGUUAGUUUGGUGCUACAGAGUUUUGAUUUUUGUGAAGUCUCUGUCAUGUUCCUACCAGCAUAUAGCUAUGAAAACUGUCAGAAUUGUUAACUGAGACAAAUAGUUGCUUGAAAAAAAAACCAAAGUUCCUGAAGUAUCAAUGCAAGUGUUUUUUUUUUCUUUUUCCGGCCCUGAAAAUUUAGGGUUUAAAUAUGCUUGCAGUAGCUGUGCCUUCAUUACUUUGUUAUAGAAAUACAGUACUUAUACUAACUAGAACAGUGCAUUGUGAAAUUUAAUUGCUUGAAAAAAGAUUAGCAUACAUUUAAGAAUGUCCAUCAAGACCAUAUAUGAUAUGACUGUGAGCUUGUUUAUGUGACAUAGUGGUCUAUGAAUUUAAUCAUAAUGAAGUUAUUGUUUACUGCCAAGGUGUUAAUAUGACAUAGUACUUAAUAUGUUUUCUCAUCUUAUACUGUGUAAUUGUAAACUCAAGUUACUAACCAUGUUUUCUUUGUGUAUGUUCUAAUUUGCCUUUCACUGAAAAUGAUCACUUUAUGUUCUUCUAUUGCAACCUAAAAUAAAU